CCACUUCGUCCUCCAUCCCACUCCUUUCCUUUCUCUCUUGCAACUGCUAUCGUUCACAUCUCUCUCCAUCACUUUUGCAUUACCCCCCGCGAUACCACUCUCACACCCACAGUCAUGAAUCCGCUUCUCGCGGCGGCCAACCAGGCGCAGUCGGGCCUCGACGAUGACAAGCUUUCCGACUAUGUCCCAGACUCGCGCGACCUCUCCAUGUCUCGAGCUGCAUCGACAUCGGGGUCGGACAAGCAUCACAUCAAUACCGGGCCUGUAACGCCUGAAGAUGAUGGAGAGGACGAGUUGAUUGACUCGGACGAUGAACUCGAUGAGGAGGCCAUUGCGGGUGGCGAGGUGACCGUAACACCAUCAGCUCAGCGUCGGCAGGAGCAGACGGCCGCGCGCAAAGCAGCCACAUUGCAACGUAAAGCGCACAUUCAGGACAUCAGCCAAAAGCGCGGUGCUAUGGAGAAGGCGAAGCUCGCCGACUCAAUGAAGCGCUUCAACUACCUGCUUGGUCAAACGGAGCUCUUCCAACACUUCGUGGAUCUCAAGAAGCAGCGCGAGCCCGAGUUCGCUGCCAUGCUUGACGAGCAGCUUGCUCAAAGCUCCAAGGGGAAGAAGAAGGCGAGCGAUAACCGCCACCGCAAGUCUGAGAAGGAGGAGGACGAGGAGCUCCUGAAGGACGAGGAUGCCGAGGACGACGCCUUUGUCUUUGAGGAAAGCCCAGCUUACGUCAAAGGCGGGAAGAUGCGCGACUACCAGGUGCAGGGUCUGAACUGGAUGGCCUCGUUGCAUCACAAUGGCAUCAACGGUAUCUUGGCAGACGAGAUGGGUCUCGGCAAGACGCUCCAGACCAUUUCGUUCCUUGGCUACCUCAAAUUCCACCGCGGCAUCAAUGGUCCCCACCUCGUUGUCGUGCCCAAGUCCACCCUCGACAACUGGCAGCGUGAGGUUAACAAAUGGGUGCCCGGAUUCCGCGUCCUGGUGCUCCAAGGCACCAAGGAGGAACGCGCCCAACUCAUCAAUGACCAGAUCCUCACCCAGAAGUUUGACAUCCUCAUCACCUCUUACGAGAUGUGUCUGCGUGAGAAGUCGACUCUCCGCAAGUUCAGCUGGGAGUACAUCAUCAUUGAUGAAGCACACCGCAUCAAGAAUGUCGAUUCGCUUCUCAGCCAGAUCAUCCGCACUUUCACGUCCCGUGGCCGCCUCCUGAUCACCGGAACCCCACUCCAGAACAAUCUCCAGGAGCUGUGGGCGUUGCUCAACUUCAUUCUACCCGACGUCUUCUCGUCCAGCGAGGACUUCGACGAGUGGUUCAAGUCCAAAGAGGGCGAUGAGCCGGACGCGAUAGUCAAGCAGCUUCACAAGGUCCUUCGUCCCUUCCUCCUCCGCCGUGUAAAGUCUGAUGUUGAGCACUCGCUCCUCCCCAAAAAGGAGAUCAAUCUCUACGUCGGCAUGACCGAGAUGCAGCGCAAGUGGUACCGUAUGCUCCUCGAGAAGGACAUUGACGCGGUUAACGGUGCAUCCGGCAAGAAGGAGGGCAAGACGCGUCUGCUCAACAUUGUCAUGCAGCUACGCAAGUGUUGCAACCAUCCUUACCUCUUCGACGGCGCCGAGCCCGGUCCUCCCUACACCACGGAUGAGCACCUCAUCGACAAUGCGGGCAAGAUGAUGAUUCUGGACAAGUUGCUCAAGUCAAUGCAGGCUAAGGGCUCGCGUGUUCUGAUCUUUUCGCAGAUGAGCCGUGUGCUUGACAUUCUCGAGGACUACUGCCAAUUCCGCGGCUUCAAGUACUGCCGUAUCGACGGUAACACUGCCCACGAUGACCGUAUCAGCGCCAUCGAUGACUACAACGCUCCAGACAGCGAGAAGUUCAUCUUCCUCCUCACCACUCGUGCCGGUGGUCUGGGUAUCAACCUUGUGACUGCCGAUGUCGUCGUGCUUUUUGACUCGGACUGGAACCCGCAGGCAGACCUGCAGGCCAUGGAUCGCGCCCACCGUAUCGGUCAGACCAAACAGGUCUACGUGUUCCGCUUCAUCACGCAGGAUGCCGUCGAAGAACGCAUUCUGGAGCGUGCGACACAAAAGCUAAAGCUUGAUCAAUUGGUAAUCCAGGAGGGCCGAGCCCAGCAGAACCAGAAGGUUGGCUCGAACAAGGAUGAGCUGCUGGACAUGAUCCAGCAUGGCGCGGAGAAGAUUAUCAACAGCUCGACAGACAUGAUGGUUGACGAUGAUAUUGACGACAUUAUCCGGCGCGGCGAGGAGAAGACCGCUGAGCUCAAUAAGAAAUACCAGGGCCUUGAUCUUGACGCGCUCAACAACUUCCGCUCGGAAAGCUUGAUUAACCAGUGGGAGGGCGAGGACUUUGCUGCCAAGCGCAAGAGCAUGAUCUGGAUCGAGCCCGCCAAGCGCGAGCGCAAGGGCAACUACUCGAUCGAUCAGUAUUACCGCGACAACAUGAAGACGGGACCAUCAAAGCCGGACAAGCCCAAGAUCCCGCGCCCUCCCAAGCAGGUACACAUCAAUGACUUCCAGUUCUACCCUCCCCGUCUCACCGACCUUCAGAACCGCGAGCACAACUUCUACCUCAAAGAGCAGAAUUAUGUUGUCCCGGUGCGCGAGCCUGAGGAGGGAGAGACUGCCGAGGAUGUUGAGACCGAGAGGCAAGAGACUCAGGAGAAGAUCAACAAUGCCGUCCCAUUGACUGAGGAGGAGAAGGAAGAGAAGGAGGAGCUCGCAGGCGACGGGUUUGCCGACUGGCAGCGUCGCCACUUCCUGGCCUUCAUCAAGGGGCUGGAGCGGUACGGGCGUGACGCUCUUGACAAGGUGGCGGCGGACAUGCAGGACAAGACCGAGGAGGAGGUGCGCGAGUACGCUAAGGUAUUCUUCAAGCGCUACACCGAGCUCAAGGAUGCCGACAAGUACAUGGCGCGUAUCCGUGCUGGCGAGGAGAAGCUGCGCGAGAACGUGGACAAGAUUGCGGCGCUCCACAAAAAGGUCAAGUCCUACAACUACCCGAUGCAGGAACUGCGCGUGCAGUAUGGGCAGAACAAGGGCAAGUCGUACUCUGACGAGGAGGAUCGAUUCCUGCUUGUGCGGAUGCACCACCACGGAAUCGACAGGGAUGACUGCUACGAGCUCAUCAAGCGGGACAUUGGCGAGUGGCCGUUGUUCCGCUUCGACUGGUUUUUCAAGAGCCGCACGCCCGAGGAGCUGCGGCGCCGUGGGCAGACGUUGCUGCUGUGCCUGAUGAAGGACCAAGCAGACGACAAGCCCAAGGGCGGCAAGAAGCGCGCACUGGACGAUGUCAAGAGCAACGCAGCGAGUCGCGACACAACACCAAGUGGCGACAAGCGGAAGAAGGCGAAGAAGUAGAGGGCGAGGCCCACCAUGUAUCCUUAUACCCGCUGGCCAUGUAUGCACGCCAUGUCUCAUUG